AUGACGAGAAUGAAUUGCAAAAAAGAGUGGGAUGAAGAUUUAUAUACGAUUUUGGCUUUCUCUUAGGCUAUCGAUGAAGCAGUCUUCCCUAUCCUAAUUAGAAUAUUAAAAAGAGAGAAAAUUGAAGACUGUCUAGAAUUUCUCUCUUAAGAUCGAAAUCUAGAGUAAGUCGAAUAAGAAAUAUAAAAGGUAAAAUAAUAUUACAAAUUAUAAGGAAUAUAUGUUGAAUGUGGAAAAAAAUCACAUUAAGUAAAUUAAAGAUGCUCUCAAAAAAAUUAAGGAUCAUGAAUUUAAUGAACUAAAUUACUCGAUAAAUAAAUAUGAAGAAAAUAAAUAAAAUCUAAUCGCAAAAAUAUCAUAAGAUAAGAAAAUCAUAGAAUUUCUAAAAUUCUUCGUUUAUCUUACAGCCUUAGAUGAGAGAUACAUAUAGUGUGGAUCAAAUUCUCUUCAUUUAUUAGUUUAAAUGAAGAUUGACUUAAGAGAAUAAUCUUUUGAAAAUAUUAGAAUUAAAAAUACCACACUCUAAGGAGCAAAUUUCUUGAGAUGUGACUUAAGUGGAACUAAAUUUGAAAAUGUCAAUAUUAGUGGAUUGAAUCUGAAUGAAACCAAAUUAGUUAAUUGUAAGUGGAGGAAUUUAGGCAUAAAUGAGGAAAUUAAGUUAUAUGGUCAUGGUAAUAAGGUCAAUUAAGUAAUUUUUUCUUCAAACUGGAGAUAAUUGGCUUCUUGCAGUGAUGAUAAAUCGAUUAGAUUAUGGGAUAUUAAGACAGGAAAAAUAUCAUUUGUAAUAUAAGAAAAGAGGUAGGUAGAGUCGGUUUGCUUCUCACCCUAAGAGACUAUGAUUGCUUCUUGCAGUGGCACAUUUGUGUUUAUAUGGAAUCUUAAAAUAAGAAAGCACAUACAUAAAUUAAAAGAUCAUAGUGAUUUGGUUAGAUCAGUAUGUUUCUCUCCUGAUGGUGCUGCAUUAGCAUCUUGUGGUUAUGAUAAGUCUAUACGUUUAUGGGAUGUUAAGACAGGAUAAUAAAAAGUCAAAUUAGAUGGUCAUUCAAGUUCAGUUAAUUCUAUUUGUUACUCUCCUGAUGGUACUACAUUAGCAUCUGGUAGUGAUGAUAACUCUAUCCGUUUGUGGGAUUUUAAGACAGGGUAAUAAAAAGCCAAAUUAAAUGGUCAUUCAAGUAAUGUUAGUUCUGUGUGUUUCUCUCCUGAUGGUACUACAUUAGCAUCUGGUAGUUAUGAUAAAUCUAUCCGUUUGUGGGAUGUUAAGACAAGAUAAUAAAAAGCCAAAUUAAAUGGUCAUUCAAAAUUGGUUAAUUCAGUAUGCUUCUCUCCUGAUGGUACUAAAUUAGCAUCUGGCAGUGGUGAUAGCACUAUCCGUUUAUGGGAUGUUCAGACAAGAUAAUAAAAAGCCAAAUUAGAUGGUCAUAUAAGUGAAGUUCUAUCAGUUUGCUUCUCUCCUGAAGGUACUACAUUGACAUCUGGUGGUUCAGAUAAAUCUAUUCGUUUAUGGGAUAUAAAAAUAGGAUAAUAAAAUGCUAAAUUUGAUGGUCAUUCAAAUUGGGUUAAUUCAGUGUGCUUCUCUCCUGAUGGUACUACAUUAGCAUCUGGCAGUUAUGAUAAUUCUAUCCGUUUGUGGAAUUUUAAGACAGGUUAAUAAAAAGCCAAAUUAGAUGGUCAUUCAAAUCAUGUCAUUUCAGUCUGUUACUCUCCUGAUGGUACCACAAUAGCAUCUGGUAGUUAAGAUAACUCUAUUUGCUUAUGGGAUGUUAAGACAGGAUAAUAAAAAGCCAAAUUAGAUGGUCAUACAAGUGGAGUUCUAUCAGUUUGUUUCUCUCCCGAUGGUACUGCAUUAGCAUCUGGUAGUUCAGACAAUUCUCUCCGUUUAUGGGAUAUUAAGAAAGGAUAAUAAAGUGCCAAAUUAGAUGUUUAUUUAAAUUGGGUUAAUUCAGUGUGUUUCUCUCCUGAUGGUACUACAUUAGCAUCUGGUAGUUAUGAUAAGUCUAUCCGUUUGUGGGAUGUUAAGACAGUGUAAUAAAAAGCUAAAUUAGAUGGUCAUUCAAAUUGGGUUAAUUCGAUAUGUUUCUCUCCUGAUGGUACUACAUUAGCAUCUGGUAGUUAUGAUAAAUCUAUCCGUUUGUGGGAUCUUAAGACAGGAUAAUAAAUAGCCAAAUUAGAUGGUCAUUCAAAUCAUGUUAAAUCAGUUUGUUUCUCUCCUAAUGGUAUUGUAUUAGCAUCUGGUGGUUCUGAUAACUUUAUUUGCUUAUGGGAUGUUAAGACAAGAUAAUAAAAAACUAAAUUAGAUGGCCAUACAAAUGGAAUUCUAUCAGUUUGUUUCUCUCUGGAUGGUACAACAUUAGCAUCUGGUAGUUCAGAUAAUUCUAUCCGUUUAUGGGAUUUAGAGAAAUCAGAGGGGAUUCUACCUCAAGAUCAUUGUUACCAAGAUCCUCUUUUUUAGUUUAAAAUUCCACUUUAAAGUCCUUCAAAUUUAUAACAUGGUAUUAGUUUUAUAAUGAUUAGCUAACAUUGAUCGUACAAUAAUCAGAAUAUGUCAAAAUCCAAUUUUGGAAGUCAAAGGAGCUUUAAUCUUAAAAGGAGAAUUUGUGAAUUUUUAAGGUGUAGAUUUACUAUAUUUGUUCAAAUCUAAAGGUAGUUUGAAUUUAGAGAACAAAAUUCUAUAGAAAAAAAGUUGA